UGAGCGUACUUAAAGUGCACUUUGGCAGGCCUCUCCAUCGGGACAUUGAACGUAAAUAUUUUCGACGUUGCUUGAUACUUUGGACAAACGGAUUGAGUGCCGGUCGGUUAAAGUAGUUAUAAUCUUAAAUAAAGAAGAGUGGUAAUCUCUGGACCCCUCCGAGGGAAGGAGGAGCUGAGAGAAUCUCUGCCGAGUCGUACGAUUCAAGAAAUAAAAUAAGUGGGAGUGAAUGAUAGCUGACGAGAGUAGAAUGGAGUGGAUACGUAACAGAUUCGAGUGAAAGCUGUGCGAAGAUUGUGAGAGAGUGAGCUAGUGGUGUCCAUGGAGCACGAAAGAGCAUCAUAAAAGCCUUGACAGAGCGGUGGUUUCAAAAGUUAUCGAUAAAAUGGGGAUAUUGCUAUUUUUUCUACUCUUUGUCCAUUGCCAUUUUGCGAGGCUGGGUGUAGACUCUGCAAAAGAUUUUCGAAGUACGCUGGGUCACUUGAGACCUCGAGCAUCGUCGGAAAUCCAAGCGAGGGCGGUGCACAAGUUGAUCGAAAGAUUCGUGGGUGAAAAAGCUACGUUGUUUGAGAUCGUCAUUGAUCCAGAAUUGGGACCUCCGGAAAAGGAUACGUUCAAAAUAUCGUCGACCCCUUCGGAUCUGAUACAGAUAUCCGGCACUUCGGGAGUCGCUGCAGCUUGGGGCUUCAAUUAUUAUUUAAAAAAGUUCUGCAACUCUCAUGUCGCGUGGGAAGGCUCGAGAGUCGACGUGCCAAGUGCUCUACCCCAAGUUGACGUUACUGUGACUUCGAACGACAAGUUUCGAUAUUACCAGAACGUAUGCACCGCGGGGUACAGUUCGACGUGGUGGCAAUGGGACCAGUGGGAGAAAAAUAUAGACUGGAUGGCCUUGAAUGGCAUCAAUUUGGCUCUCGCAUUCCAUGGUCAGGAAGCUAUUUGGCAAAGAGUUUACCUAGAAAUGGGAUUGACAGUCGACGAGAUAAAUGAACAUUUCGGAGGACCAGCGUUCUUACCAUGGGCCAGAAUGGGAAAUAUACGAGGCUGGGGUGGCCCUUUGAGUCCUUCCUGGCACGAGUUAACUCUUCAGCUUCAGCACCGCAUACUCACCCGAAUGAGAGAGCUCGGCAUAAUUCCUGUACUUCCAGCAUUUGCUGGCCACGUUCCACGUGCUUUGACCAGAAUAUAUCCGAGCGCCAAUGUUACGAAAAUCGAAAAAUGGAACAAAUUUGCUGACAAAUACUGCUGUCCGUUUUUGUUGGCACCCACGGAUCCCCUUUUCAAAACAGUCGGAAGUCAAUUUUUGCGCAAGUAUAUCGAUGAGUUUGGGACCGAUCACGUCUACAAUUGCGACACCUUCAAUGAGAAUGAGCCCCCCGCCAGUGAUCUUGCAAGUUUGCGGAACAUCGGCCAAGCUGUAUUCAACACGAUGACAGACGUCGAUCCUCAAGCGAUUUGGCUGAUGCAAGGAUGGUUGUUUGUUCACGAAAUGUUAUUCUGGACUGAACCACGUGUCGAGGCUUUUGUGACGUCUGUGCCUAUCGGCAAAAUGAUAGUCCUGGAUCUACAAUCGGAGCAGUUUCCUCAGUACGCGAGGCUCGAGUCGUAUUUCGGCCAACCGUUCAUCUGGUGCAUGCUCCAUAAUUUUGGAGGCACUUUAGGGAUGUUUGGCUCCGCAGAAAUUGUCAAUGAGAGAACUUUCGAAGCUCGUACGAUGAACGACAGCACCAUGAUCGGAACGGGUCUGACGCCAGAAGGCAUAAACCAAAACUACGUUAUUUACGAGCUCAUGAACGAAAUGGGUUACAGGAAGAAACCAGUUAAUUUGAUCCAAUGGUUUGAAGAUUACUCCACGCGAAGAUAUGGUUCGAGUAACGAAGCCUCCCUGGCAGCCUGGCGAGUUUUGAGUCGAACGGUUUAUCGUUUUUCCGGUAUCCAGAGAAUCAGAGGUCACUAUGUGAUUACGAGACGACCCAGUUUGAAGAUCAAUACUUGGACUUGGUACAACCCAGAAAGCUUUUAUGUGGCUUGGGACAAUUUAACGAGUGCUCGAGACGACAUGUCGAGCAGCAUAUUUUACAAGCACGAUUUAAUUGACGUAACGAGACAAGCCUUACAGCUAAAAGCUGAAGAUAUUUAUCUACAAAUUAAAGAUGCAUAUGCCAAGAAAAAUUUAACUUCACUACGAUCAAACUCGUUUUUAUUGCUGGAUGUGUUCGACGAUCUCGAGAAAAUAUUGGCAUCCAGCGAGAAUUUUCUGCUAGGAAAAUGGUUGAGGGAUGCCAAAUCACUAGCGACGAAUCCGGAAGAAUCGAAUCAGUAUGAAUAUAACGCGAGAAAUCAGAUUACACUCUGGGGACCGAGGGGAGAAAUUCGAGACUAUGCGAACAAACAAUGGUCCGGUGUUAUCGUGGAUUAUUUCAAACCACGUUGGUCAUUGUUUCUCGGUACUCUCGUCGUAUCCUUGAUGGAGAAUAAACCGUUCAAUGAGAGCGAGAUCAAUCGUGCGAUGUUUCGUAGAGUUGAGGAACCAUUUACAUUCAGCAGAAAAAUGUAUCCAGUAAAACCUCAAGGCAAUUGCGUCGACGUCGCUGUGGAGCUGAAUAAGAAGUGGAGAAAAGUGGUUAUCGGCAAACCUCGUAAUAAAAGGGGCAAAGGAGUUUCGAGAUCGAAGAAGGUUGGACGAAUGUGACAAACAAAUUUACUCAUACUCCAGUCACUCUGACAUUUCAUGGUACCAAUUGAAUAUUCCUUAGCCUUUUUUCGAUCCUCAUUUCAAUGAAUUAAUGAUCAUUCAUUGAAGUAUGAAAAUAAAAUCAUGAUAAAGUUACUUUUCUACUGACAUUAAUUACAAUCGCUCAGCAGAAAGAAUAUUCGAGUUCGACUGUUUAGAAAUUCUUCAUGAAUCACAGUUCUAAUUAGUUUUACCGAUUUUUCUAAUCUGCCAGAGUGACGAACCACUUUCUUCACUUUUUAGAGUUGUUUUUCUCUCAACUAUCAAAACUUUAAACAUUUUUUCACACAAAACGAAUUAUUUCAGUAGUCAUUGCAGCUAUUUUCAGACGUCUACUGAAUCUCUUCCGAGGCAUGAUUCCGCUAUCAAUUUUUUAAUUAUGCGAUCCCCACAGCCGAGUUGCCCACACGCAAUUUUCCCGAUGCAUUAUCAAAGCACUCAUUUUUCUCUAUUUCUCAACAUUUCACGCAACAUUGGAUGUUUUUUUUGUGCGUACUAAUAAACGUUGGUGCCAAAUAA